AUGUCUGACCAAAUCUCCGUUCUCUUCGUCUGCCUCGGCAACAUCUGCCGCUCUACUAUGGCCGAAGGUGUCUUCCAGUCGAUGGCCAAGAAGCCCGAAUACAAGGGCCGUAUUGCGAAGAUCGAUUCGUGCGGAACAGGCGCCUAUCACAUUGGCGAAGGCCCCGACGACCGAACGAUGGAGACGCUCCGAGAGCACGGAAUAACCGAUUAUAUCCACGCCGCUCGCAAGGUCAGCACCUCCGACUUCGACAAGUUCGACUACAUCUUUGCCAUGGACCGAGCCAACCUGGCCGACCUCCAACGUCUCCAGCAACGCCACCCCGGAAAAGCCAAGGUGAUGCUUUUUGGCGAGUACUCGGGCACCGACAAGGCCGAGGUGAUCCAGGAUCCGUACUACGGCGGCAAGUCUGGCUUCGAGAAGGCGUAUGAGCAGGCCACGAGGUUCUCCAAGAACUUUUUGGGUGAGGUCUUUCCGGAUGUCAAGGCUGAGUAG